AAUAUCCAUCUUCAACAUUUAUAGGAAUUGAUAUAAAUUAUUUCUAUUUUCCUCUGAAUGAUAAAUGUCCUCCAAAUGUCGGUUUUCUAACGUCCAAUUCACAAUGGUUUGAGUUGAUCAAAGAUAUUGUCAGAGUUUUAAAAUAUGAUGAUUGGAUAAAAUCUUUAGAAGCAACUGCUCAAUUUAUAAAUUAUGGAAAGGUUACAAAAUGGAUAGAUGAAGCUGUUUAUAAAGCUUGCAUGAAAAAAAAAGGUGUUAAUGUUCGAAUUAGUGCUUUGAUUCCAAAAAUGUUUGAGUCAAAUGAGGAACUUACAAAUAUACAAUGCGUUAAAAUAAAAUAUCCAAUAGGCGAAUGGUUUGGAUGUUUUG